AUGCAGUCCUUCAAGGCAAACUUGCAGCAGCCAGCUGUCGCCGUAGCUUCGACAGGUUCUAAUGCAUCCAUUCCAGGUGUCUCAAGACCAUUAGAUUCUACCAAAGCCGUUACCAAUUCUGUUUCGCUUCAAACAUCCGAUUAUAUUGCUAAGGCAGAUCUCCAGCUGCAAAGAAUAAGACUCGAGCAAGAACUCAGAGAAGAGUUCGAGUAUCGAAAGAAUUUAGCGAAGGCUCCUCUGCAGCCUUCUGAGCAGCCUGCUGACUUGGACCUCUCUGACAUUUUAGCAAAAGCACUAACACUGGUUCAAGCUACUGCACCCCUACCAGGUUCCAAUACUCCUAAUGCUGGUACUGUUUCCGAUGCGAGUGACUCCUUCGACGACAAUACCUUCUAUUCUAGCCCACUUGAAACCCCCGACUCUCGUGCCUCGCCCCGAAUUCAGAACCCAACACGCCAGGAUGUACAAAUGCGAGAUGCGCCAGCCGCAGCCUCUCAGCAGGCUGCACAUGCUCUACAGCAAAAGCAAUUUGCUCCUCAACCCGUCCAUACUCCGGCAUCGUCCUACCAAACAGAUGUUAGUCGUAGCGUACAACCCAUCCACACCGCGAGUAGUUCCCGCCAGCCCCAGCCGAGCUUUGGCGGCUUAGCCACGUCUGUGCAAGAUCAUGCAGUCUAUAACAGCCCAAAAACUAGCCGUGAAGGAGAUAUGAUGGUACAUUCACGCCAGACACAUUCGGACCAGCCUGUUGACUUCAGCCGUAUUCAUAACCCCCACCAGUUGCUUCCUAGUGCUCACUUCAGACAGCGAGAGUCACCUGUGGUUCGCGCGCACGAUCUUUCGCCCUUCGCUCCCCAGCCUGCUCAUGUCUCGCCCUUGGCGGUAGCUAGGCGGCCCCCUAUGCCUGAGCCAGAUAUUAGUAUUUUGCCAGGCGCACCGGCUCAAGUUACAGCUCUAAGGCAGGAGCAUGGAGUGAUCACAAGUCCAGAAAGUUCCCCCCAGGGAGAUAAAGGAAGCAAGAAGAAGAAUAAGAAGAAGAACAAGAGAAAGGCUGAAAUGAGAGCACCAGAUGCCCCAGGAUCUCCUUAUAUCAAACCCGAACCGCGAUCGCCUUCACCUCUAUCAGUGCCUCAGUUUGUCCGUCCUCAAAAGCGCCUUCGAUCCGAUGCUAGACAUGAUCAAGAGUUAGUGUACGAUGAACCGCGAAUCGAACGACCAGUAUCUGUGCUACACCGCGAUCAAUAUCCUGCCACGCAUGUGCCAACCGAGGGGCCUCCGUAUGGGCUUGGAAGGCUGGAAGACCCGUAUGCAAGGCCAUUACGCCAGUCCGUCGCCCCGGCGAGUCAAAGGUUGGAUCGUGGUGUAUACGAAGAACGGCGGCCGGACGGGACGAUCGUGCAGUAUAUCCAGCGAGUCCAAUCCCCUUACGGCUACCCGGCUCCUUACGGUGCUGUGGAACCGCGCCCUCUACGCUCAGCGAGUUACUCGGUAAACCCUCCCUACCGGGAUGUUCCUGCAUAUCAACGUGAUGGACGGAUGAGUGUACGGCCUUAUACUGAUCGUGCUAGAUCACGUUCGCCCAUCGUUGUGGAGAGAGGCUCGCCUACUAUGGCACCUCCUGCCCCCCCACCUCGUAUAUUAGUUGACCAAUAUGGCCGCGAGUACUUUGAUCCUCCUCGUGCUAGCACUGCUGCGCGUCACUCAGUCGUACCACCCCCAAGACCAGGCGAGCGUGAGUUAGUCUACGAAAGAGUGCCGCUACGCGCCCCAUCUCGCAUGGCUGGAGAUACUUUUGAGGAGGAUGGAAUCAUUUACCGACGUGCAUCGCCCACAUAUGCUCCCCGGCGUGUCAUUACGCAGCCGGAGUAUGGUAUUGAUUAUAGAAGCUAUCGUGAACGCGACUAUCCUAUACAACCUAUGGGAGCACCGAACCAGGAGUUCAUUUCGGUCCGAGGAGCACCGAUGGGGCGGGCUCCUGAGGACAUGCCAAGGGAUUAUUUACCUAGAGCUACAAGCGUCCGGCCGCCGGAGUCCGUGCCGUAUUACAACAGGGUUGAGGCCGUACGACCCGAGGUGCCAUCCAGACGAUAUGCUGCUAGCGUUCACCCUGAGGUAAGAAGGGAUGCGGCGUCUGCCGUUGUUCGCGAGUUCGGCCCAAGACCGUCGGAACGUGAUAUGCCCAGGCGCGAGUUUAGCAUCCAGCCGGUAGAGCGUUACUAUGAUAGGCCACCUCACCCAGAGGGGGAUGUCACUUAUAUUGAGCAACCCCGAGCACCUCAGCAAGAAAUUAUGUACGCCGAUAAUAGUCGAAGGCAAGUAUACCAAUAA